AUGCCAAACUCCAAGCAUGUUACUAGCUUUGGUUUGCUUCAAAACUGUGAAAUAAAAACCACUAGUUCUUUAAAGGAAAUGACUUUUGAAUUCACCCAGGAAAAGGUGCUGGAUAUUUUGAAGUGCGCUUUAAUUUCCAAGACUCCUUUGACAGAUACGUUUUUGCGAAACGAACCCUCCAUUGAAGAAUCGUCAAGGAUUUUGAACUGUGAUGUUGAAGAUAAUGCUAAUAUCCAAAUUAGUGUAAAGCUCGUUAUAAGAAAAUCGGAUGGCAAGGUAUUGUAUGCUCAAGGGGAGGAAGAUUUUGUUGAUUUGCUAUUAACUUUUCUCACAUUUCCCUUGGGAGGAAUUGUAAGUAAGCUAAGAGAAAAUUGUUCUUUGGGAAGUAUUGAAAAAUUGUACAAGAGUAUAGUUGAUUUGGAAGAAAACAAGUAUUUUAAGUCAACAAAAGCCAAGGAAAGGCUUGUUGAUCCUCAAGUUGCAUCGCAGUUCAAACUAAGCAAUAAGAUAUUACCUCUUCAGCAACAUAUGGAGUAUUAUUGUUAUUAUCAAGGCAAUGGUUUUAAAGAAAGUAUUAUUAAUAAUCAAUUUUUCAUAAGUGAUGAAAAGAGGAAAGAUGAGAAAAACUGUAAAAAUAUGUUUCUACUCGAUAAUUUCAAAGCAUGGAGAGGAAGUCGAGAAGGUUAUGUGAAGGAGUUGAAAAUGUAUGUGGUUACUGAUGACUUUAUUGUUACACAAUCGUCUCCAAUUUCAUCUUUAAAUUUAAUUGACAGUUCAGAAACUUCUUUUGAUGACUUGAAGGAAGAGGUUGUCACCAUCGGCCUUAAGGAGUGUCUUAGCAUAUUGAUGGCUGCAUUGACUUCAACAUCUGCUCUAACAAAUGGUUUAGCUCACUUGUUAACUAACGAGGAGAAAUAA